AUGGAACAGAUGUGUUUAGAGAGAGCAGUGAGGGAAGAAGCAGUGGAAAAGUGGAAACAGCUCUAUUUCGCUAUCAAGAAUGAGCUCGACGAUCUCAUCCAAACAACAUAUGGAGAGACACUGCAACACAAACCCCAAGAAGGAGCAAACACAGUGCAAGAACUUAGGAAGGAAGUUAAAGUUAAGGAAGACACCAUUGAAACACUCAAAGGGAGAAUAGCUUUAAUGGAGAAACAACGAAACGGGAAGGAAAGAGAGAUUGACUUACUGAGACAAAGUCUGCGCAUCCUCGGCAGUAGCAACGGGAAGAACAAGGCACCGUCGUCUGCUACCAGAAACCUGCCAAUAUUCAAAACAAAAUUCAUCGCCUGUAAAUAA